UUUGCCAUCCCAAGUACCAAGAAUCUAAAAGAAUCGCAAUCUUUCUGAGCAUGCCAGAUGAAAUCCAAACAGAAGAAAUCAUUAAGGACAUUUUUAAGCAAGGCAAAGAGUGUUUCAUCCCACGUUACAAGCCUCACUGCAAUCACAUGGACAUGCUGAAGUUAUCAUCAGCUGAAGAUAUUUCUUCGCUUACUUUGACAUCCUGGAAUAUUCUUCAGCCUAGUGAUGAUGACAGUGCAAGAGAGGAGGCUCUUGCUGGUGGAGGUCUUGACCUUAUCUUCAUGCCAGGCCUUGGGUUUGACAAAAAAGGCAACAGAUUGGGAAGAGGGAAAGGAUAUUAUGAUACCUAUCUUGAAAGAUGUAUGAAACAUCCCAGUGGAAAGCCUUACACGAUUGCCUUGGCUUUUAGGGAACAGAUUUGUGAAUCAGUGCCUGUGGCAGAAAAUGAUGUCCAAGUAGAUGAAAUCCUUUAUGAAGACUGCUGAAAGUAUCUUGAUACCAACCCACCUUCAGAGUGACCAACCAAAGGCAUCAGAUCCAUCAAUCAUGACUUUUUAAUAGUCAUAUAUGACUUUGGGAGGCAUAAAAUACACUAUUUGUGUUUGAACAAAAAAACUGCCUCAGUGUAAAUGUGGUAAAUAGUAGUGAGGAUUGCAUUGAUUUGCUUCUAAUUAGCGAAUGAGAGAUGUGAAUUCUUAUUCUAGAAUCAAUAGAAACAAGAAUGUGUAACUGUUUAUUACAGUAAGGACCAUUUCUUCUCAUCAUACUUUAGAGGAACAAGCUACUUGAUACUUAACAGUUUUAUUAUUCCAGUUUAAAAUUGUACUGUCUGCU